AUGAACCUGGGCGCCGCUCUGUUGCCGGGAUGCCAGGCCAUCCUGUGCUUCAUCAACAUUGUCCUGCAGCUCGUCUCCCUACCUCCAUCAUAUUGGGGAACCUUCAUCGCGAAGACCGAUCAAGGAGCCAUUCUCGAGCGCGGGCACUUUGGGCUGUGGUUCGUCUGCAGCGAGCAUGUGCCAUUUUUCUUUGAGGACUGUGAGGCUCCCAUCACGUACCUGAGGCUGACUGGACUAAGCACGGCCGCGGGAGCGCUGGCCAUCGUCCACUUGCUCGUACUGUUCGGGGCACUUCCACUCAUCGUCAUACGCGUGGUCCAAUCCAUUCGGAACAUCGAAGAUGGGUGCCUCGACAUCCGGUUUCUGUGCUUGGCCAAGACUACUGUUACCGUCAUUGCACUGAUCCUUGCGGUAGUCGUGGUGGUUCUCGGCAGCAUGGGCACGGAUCAGCCAGCCUACUAUCAAGUGCAGCAAGGGUGGGCAUUCUGGAUUCAGGUUGCGAUUCUGAUCGUCGACAUCUUUCUCGUGUUGGUCGGCGCCCUCGAGAGCAUCCAGCUGUGGAGGCUGCAAAACAUGCAGCAGGCGGCAACUGCGGCGACGAGCAGCUACCAGGACGACUUCUCAGAGACGUACAGCAACCCCGGCUUUGGCCGACAGCCCGUGUACGACGUGCAGCAGCGCGCAUACGACACCGAACUUCCCGUGGCUCCGCCUCCCCCGCCAGUGGAGUCGGAGGGCUCGGACUUCAACGGAUCGACGGCCGGGCUACCUCCGCCCCCUCCAUUGCCACCACCGGGCGACAGUGACAGCGGGUACCCAGAACCCAUCAGCGGUAGAAGGAACGGUGAUGACUUGACGUAUCAGAAUCCAACGUUUGAGGACAGUUCGCCCAGUGCUCAGAGGAGGACUGCCAACAGUGAGCCACGCUAUGGAAAUAUUUGAGGUGCCGUGCGUGCCAAGUCGAAAACGUCACUGGGCUUACUAGACAAAACAAUAUCUGAGUGGAGAAGUGUUAUGUUCAGUAGGCUACCUCGAAACCUAAGCCCUCUGACCGCUCCGAGUUCAGAGAUGAGAGAGCAGUUUCUUUCUCGCCAACAUUACCCUUCUCCACGAGCAUGCACUCACCCCUCCUUACCAGUCAUUUCUUCAUAAAACACAGGAACAAUGUCAGCACUAAGCCUUGAGCCAAUCUGGAUUUUGCACUUUUCAGCUGUUGAGUAGAUCUGUAUCUAGCACUUUUCAGCUACAUGCUGUUAUCAUUGCUUGUGCAGUUAAAAGUGCACAAAAUGAAGUGAAAUCAGUUUAUUAUGCAAUAUUGUCAUGCGACAUAAGGCAAAAGGGACCUUUGAUUGCGUGACAAAAUAGAACAGAAAACAAGCGUAACCGAGAUAUCCAUUCUACAACAAACAAUCAAGGUCACAUGAACCUGCUGACAUCAUAAUGUCGCAAGAAGAUCGGAAAUACCCGAAAAGGAUAAUGUGCUCAUUUUUCGCAUUUUGAGAGGUUGUCAGCGGCCCUGAAGUUGAACGUGGUGCAGUCCUUUGUUUCACUUGUCAAAGAUGGGGUGAGAAUCAACCAGAAGCAAAUUUUGGACAGUGUAGGUUUCUGCCAUUCCCACAUAUUUGCAUUUUUAUGUUUGCACAUUACAAACAAACAAGGGCAAUGCACAGAUCAUGUAGUGGGAAUUGCAUCUUCGAAAUAUGAUGCAGAAAGACAGCAUGAAAAUGUGAUUUCAAACAAAAAGCUGUGCUUUUACAUGUCAUUGAGAGUAACGGUCAUGUACAAAAAUGCAGACAUUCAACUUCUUCACAAGAAACACAGCCUGACAUAUCACGAGCCAUGGCUUUUGCUCCUUGAUGCCUCAUGCUGUGCCAGCAUCUUUUGAAGUUCUGAGUAGUGAUUAUAAACUGCAUCAUCAUCAUCAUCUUCUUCAUCAGCCUGACUACGUCCACUGCAGGACAAAGGUCUCUCCUAUGUUCCGCCAGUUAACCCGGUCCUGUGCUUGCUGCUGCCAAUUUAUACCCACAAACUUCUUAAUCUCAUCUGCCCACCUAACCUUCUGUCUCCCCCUAACCCGCUUGCCAUAAACUGCAUACCUGACUAAGUCUUCUCCCUCAUACUGCUUGCAGCCACAAAACUUAGCCCGGUGGCAAGUCUUGAUGCGCGGCUUUUUGAGCUCAUCAUCCAAAUAAAUUGUAAUACAAAUGUUCCUAAAUUCCAGUACUCCUUCAAGAGCUCUUUGUUGCCUAUGAAUCAGCACUUCGUUAAAAGGACCCUGCUUUACAGGGGAUGAUUAAUAUUUGG